GUCAAUUCCCAAAGCAGCCCCUUAUUGAUCGGCCAUCGCCGCGCCGUACGUUCUUCUUGUUGGUCGUAAAACAUUGAAGGAUAGGAUCUCAAUUCUUCUCUCACGUCAGAUUCCCAAAGAGAACACACAUAGAUUUGAUUUCCGUAUAUGGCUCCUUGAGAUUCUCGAUCAGCUUAAGAAUCCUCUUCAUUAUCCGAUAAGGGAAGGAGAGGUUAAGAGAGUGACGGUAUCCCCGAUUCCGGCCGUGGCGGAGCAGAAGCCGACCAUGCGAUUGGGGAAGAGAUGAUGAACUGAGGCAUCGAAUCGUGGAGAAAUGAAUGUGAGCCAUGCGUCGGUUCACCCGGUUGAAGAUCCCCCCACAACCGAUGGCGCGAAUGCGCCCAUGGUCAGGAUGAAGGACACGGAAGGAAUGCCCGGCACCCGGGGAGGACUCGCUUUGCGAUUCUUUCAGUUCUUCUUUGCGGCGGCGGCGCUGGUUGUCAUGGCUACUACUAGCGAUUUCCCUUCUGUUUCUGCCUUUUGCUAUCUUGUUGCAGCAGCUGGUUUGCAGAGUAUGUGGAGCCUCUUGUUAGCAUUCAUUGAUAUAUAUGCUCUACUAGUGAGAAGAUCCUUACAGAAUUGCAGGAUAGUCAGCUUAUUCACUGUUGGUGACGGGAUCACAUCUACUCUCACGUUUGCUGCGGCUUGUGCUUCUGCAGGCAUCACAGUUCUUAUAGACAACGAUCUAAGUAGCUGCAGCAAGAAUCACUGUGUACAGUUUGAAACUGCAACGGCCAUGGCAUUUAUUAGUUGGUUUACUGCGUUGCCUUCAUUCUUCAUGAACUUCUGGUCUCUUGCAUCCCGAUGAAUUUCACUAUGAAACUUGAAAGAUAUUAAUUCACCGUACUCGUUACACCCUCUGCUUCCUUGUUGCUGUUUCUUCCUGUUUUAUGAUAUAUGAUGUUUUGUUGUAAAUGUCCUAAAAUUGAAUCUUGCAAUGCCAAUGUGUAGAAUUUGCAGUUGAGGUUAUAAAUAUGGGUGUUUCGAUUUGGAAGUCA